AUGGAGAUCGACAAGGAAGUGGUUAAAACUAUGCUGGCAACCGCCGGUAAUGCUGGCAUUGACUUUUGUCUUAACGCAGCGCCCGCCAGCUCAAUUAGCAGACAUCUCUACCAACAUCUAACGCAUCUACUCGUGAACGAGCCAGAGGCAGCAAUCAUGUCAGGGCGUAAUAGGGACGAAGUCAACCAAGACACUUGGCCUAUCAUCGCUGAAGAAUUCCUAAGCCGUGGUGUAGCCAACGUGGUUAUUACACUUGGUGCGAAGGGGGCAUUCUACGCCAAUGCAAGGGGGCGUGGCCAUUGUCCUGCAUUUGACGUCAAAGUCGAGGAUACUACUGGCGCAGGGGACACUUUCACAGGGGCAUACGCCUCGGAUUACCUGCGGCAGAAGGCUGGAGGGACGUGGGACAUCAAGAGUGCCGUCAUUCGUGCUAACAAGGCUGCUGCUAUUACGAUUCAAAGCGUGGGGGCUCAACAUGGGAUUCCUUGGUCGGAUGAGAUUGACAAUUUUGAUGCACCUGAGAAAUCUCUCGCUGGACUUGGUAGUGAGACUUGA